UGCGAGUGGCCUCGAAGAAGACGCUUCAUUAAGCUUCCAGCCGCCUUGGUUGCCAGUUGUGUUUUUCCCGACCCGUGUUUCUCCACAGGCCACCAACUAACGAUCCACAAUGAGUCUGUCUUCGUUAACAAGCAGCAUCGGCCAUGGCCAAAAGGAGGCUCGCAAGGGACUAAACAUCAACAACAAGCUGGUGCAGGCCCUAAUCCUGCUGGUGGCUUGUGUCCUUUUUGGUGCCAACUUGAACUACGCCUCUUUUCCACCGGGCACUGUGAUCGACAUCAAGCUGGGAGAUGUUACACUGGAGCAGUUCAGCUAUACUCCAACCCGGGACGGAUACGAGUUCAACUACACCCUACCGGAUGGAACUUUCCGGGACGAGGUCGGCAAAGUGCUGAGUGGAACUUCAGCAGCUCAGGAUCUUGAGAAUGCCAACAACCUGGCCAAAAAUCACCGUCCAUCUCGCGAAAAGGGUCUUAAGGUGCGCAAGCUGUCCGGAAAAUCCCUCUCUUCCCUGGCGGGAUAAAUAAUUUUAGAGAUCAUUCCUAUAACAACCCAUCACGAAUUUAUUACAACAGUUUUCCCACUGUUUUAGGCUAGUAUAUAA